ACCUGUGGAGAGAAACAUGUCUUUAAUCGAAGAGGUAGCUUUCCUUUCUUUUCGCAUACUGCAUACUGCCUGGUGAAAUCCCUCCAUUCACCAGGAAAGCCUACCACUAUGACAAGAGCAAGAAAUGGAGCUGUAUUUAUAUAACUUAUGCUCAAAUUUGAACUGCCAUCAUAUAUAGUGAAAUGCCUGUAAGCACGUAGGUAACAGAGGACUUCAUUGGUUGUAUUGGCUGAGAGGUUAAAUAGAACCAGCCUCUUACACGCCUAUUUUUUUCUCAGUCUCCCACACAAACUUACCUGCACUAACUAGAAAGUCCAGUUUCUCAAGCAAGUCCUAGAGAACACCAGAGAAUCCUGGAGGCAACAUGGACCUGGACAGUAAACGACUGGUAGUGGUGGUACCAAAUGAAGUGCUUGCACCGUCUCGCAGAGUGUUCAGUAGCGAGGAUGAGGCGUGGAGGAGCUACCUGGAAAACCCCCUGACUGCUGCCACUAAGGCCAUGAUGAGCAUCAAUGGAGACGACGACAGUGCAGCAGCUCUGGGACUGCUGUACGACUACUACAAGGUUCCCAGAGAGAGGAGAAGGGCCCCCAGCGGAGUUAAAACCACAGACCCCUCUUCUGAUGGGCCAGAUGACGGUGACAGCUUGGUGAUGUUUGAUCACCAUCUUCAGACUCUCAGAUCCAUGCCUGUAAACCUCUCCCUAAACAACAUCAACACUACAGAACACCAGGGCUCAAGGUUUGGAGAGAUCAGAGGAGGAGAUGGUAAAGCUGGAGGUGGUUCAGCUCUGGCUCUGGUCAAAACUGAGGGUCACACACCCAAGGGAGUUCCCUGCUUUGGAGGUUCCUACAGAGAAGAACCCAGAGAGCAGACAAGAAUGGUUUACGAGCAGAGCCACUACUAUUUGCCCCGUGCCGGGUUCUUGAAAAAUGAACAGAGAGGUACUCCAGACCAUAUAUAUGAGGACGCUGUGGAAGGAGAGAUGUACAACAGAAGUCCCUCCUCAGGAGAAGAGUUCCACUACAGCCCUCCAACUGUCAGCUUCCAGUACUGUCUGGAGGCCAGCAUGUCCCUGCGGCCGCGGCAGGGGGAGGGACCCAUGGCUUACAUGAACCGGGGCCAGUUCUACGCUUUGACACUGUCCAAGGCCGACUUUGAAUCGUCAAUAAGUCAGCCCAAAGGCAAAGUGCGGGUGAGUGGACGAACGCCUGAUGGGGGCCCAUCCAGUAAUGAGCAAUGCACCAGGGGAGGCUCUGAGCUGCAGCGGGACAGUAUUGUUCAGAGUGUUAUCAUGGUUGUCUUUGGAGAAGACAAGUGCAGAGACGAGCAGCUGAAGAAUUGGAAAUACUGGCACUCCCGCCAGCACACUGCCAAACAGAGAGUCCUGGACAUCGCUGACUACAAGGAGAGCUUCAGCACGAUUGGGAACGUGGAAGAAAUUGCCUACAACGCUGUCUCUUUCACAUGGGAUGUCAGUGAAGAAGCUAAGGUGUUUAUCUCAGUGAACUGUCUGAGCACAGACUUCUCGUCGCAGAAGGGAGUGAAGGGCAUGCCUCUGAUCAUCCAGAUGGACAGCUACAGCUACACCAGCUGCAGCAGCAGGCCAAUCCACAGGGCCUUCGCUCAGAUCAAGGUCUUCUGUGACAAGGGCGCUGAGAGGAAGCUUCGUGAUGAAGAGAAGAAGCAGCUCAGGAAGAAGAUGAAGGGGAAAAAUCGCAGCUCAGGGCAUACCCCCCCAUUCCAGACGGCGGACAGCACCCUGUUUAAAGCCAUGCUAGACCUGGACUCCCAGCCUGUGCUCUUCAUUCCUGACGUGCACUUUGGAAACCUGCAGAGAGCUGGACAGGUGUUUGCUUUUAAAAGUGAAGAAGAGAACAGAGAUGGUACUCCCAUGAAGAGGAUGGCAUGUGUUGCUGAGGAAGAUGUCCGUGUGCCUCAGCCUAAGAAGUCCAAAGUGGAUCUGGAGAGGAGAGUCCUGCUGUAUGUGAGGAAGGAGUGUGAUGAGGUGUUUGAUGCCUUGAUGCUGCGCUCCCCGACCCUGAACGCCCUGACGGAGGCUAUCUCUGAGAAAUACGCACUACCUGUUGACAAGAUGGCCAGAGUUUACCAAAAAAGCAAAAAAGGGAUCCUGGUGAACAUGGACGACAACAUGAUCCAGCACUACUCCAACGAGGACACCUUCAUCCUGGCUGUUGAGAGCUCUGCGGAGUCCUUACGCGUCACUCUGUCUGAAAUCUGAGGGUUGUUAGCCACAGCACCAAAUUCACCGUGAAUGAAGGGGUAGGGGGGGUGCAUUAUCCAUGCAAAGGGUAUUGUGCUAGCAGUAUUAGCUUAGCAGCAACAUGUAGCUAAACUCCUCCCCUCUGCAGCAGGCGCUCAUACACCACCCGCUGUACAAGGUCUUACAUCAGCAUCACAAACAGAAGCGACCAGGUUGAGGGAGGAAAUAUUUCCGAUUUGUUCUCACCACUUGUUUAACUAAAAUACUUAUGCACAGAGACAGGAGGACCCACAGAGCAGCCCUCCGCCCUGCAGUGUUUGACACGAGGAAGACGGUCUCACAGCGAUCUACAGCAGCGUCUGCUUCCUCUCCAGUCAUUCUCCUCGUCACCUCUAGUGCUGAAAGCUUUUCAAUGACUCGAUCAGAAGUAUGAAAGGCAUCGUUUUCUGGAACUUAACCGUUUCAGUUAAUGGCACAAUGUUUUGUAUGUAUAUUGUUUUUUAAUUUUUUAUUAACUAUAAAGUCCUUUUGACAAGUUAAAAGUGAAUUUCUCUUUUUUUCUUGGUGGUCUAUUUUUUAUUGAUUGGUCAUAACUGUUGCUCAGAAGUGCAUGUGAAAUCCCAGUGUUCCUAGAGAGAGGUUGUGGCGACGUUGGAACAGGACAGCGAGUCUCCAGGAUGCUGUUAAACUGUUUUGCUUCCCUUGUUUAUUGUUUUUCCUCCUGCCGAAGAGAGACUGUGCUCAUUAGUGUUUAUGACAUAAUCGGGGACUUAACUGCUCCCUCCAUUUACACAAUCUUUCUCUGAGGCCCCGGCAAAUAUCAGAGCCUGACACCGAGAGUUUACACCUGAUUCAUUGUGUCCUAUUAGCAUCCUUCAUUUGCUUCAUGCAACAUAAAGUCUUUUAAACGAGUCAAUAAACAUUAUUUUAUAUGCA